AUAUUUAGAAUAGAAAUUGAAAUUAAACACGAAAACUCACACCGACUGACAGUUGGCGGUUUUGUGUCCCCUUGUCCUGCCUCCUCCAAGCACCCUACGGCACCCUUGGCUUGACAGUUGACAUUUUACCAAGCCGAAAAUUUUAUUUUUGGACUAAAUUUGGUGAAAAGCUCGAUUCUUGUGUUUUGGCUGGAAUCGUGCGUUCCUGUAUUAAGGUCACAAACGGGUGGACGAAAAACGUCGGCAAACUUACCGAACUGAGUGACGACAAUGCCCACACCAACGGCAGCAACAUGGGUAAAAUUCUUUACGAAUGCGAACAUUCCCUCGCCUGCGGCCGCUACGUACGCGCACGUAUUUGUCGAAAAUCGCAUCCAGAUGGACAUGCUGAUGGACCUGAACAAGGAGUACCUACGCGAGAUGGGCAUCACGACGAUGGGCGACAUCAUAGCGAUCUUGCGCCACGCCAAGAAAGUGCACGAGCAGAGCGCUAGGGACAGGGUGUUAUCCGUGCCGGACGGAACAGACGGUGGUCUGCCGGUGGCAACGAUUUCCGCAACACAAAGCACAAGCUCCGUUAGCAAUGGCAAGAGGACGGAAAAGAGUGGAGUAAUGAGAACCGUAUCAUCAGCCGUAACAGCGAAGAGCGAACCGAAACCACGGCGCGUAUUACCGGAACAUGAGGGAAAGUAUAAAAUCACUCUCCCCUCCGGGAACACACCGAGAAGCCGAGAAAUCCUCGAGAAAAAGGCACAGGAAGGUAAACCAACCAGCAGCGUGGUUAGCGUUUCCGCCACCCCGAAGGUGGGCACCAAGCGGGGCAGCAUCUUUGACCGACUGAACGCCAGCGACAGUGAACCACCGAGCAAAGUGAGCCCGAAAACACAAACAGUCCAGCUGGUAUCUUCCUCCAUAUCGAGUUCCAUAUUUGCCCGUCUCGGUGAUCGGCAAGCCGACGACAAUGGAAGCACAUCGUCCUCAACCGUUCGCAGCACAGCGUCAAGUAUUUUAAAGACAACCAACACCACCAACGGCACUUCCUCCGUGCUGGCAAAAAUCCCUCCCGUCCAGCAGAAGGUGAUUCUGGUUAAAAAGAUGCCAGCAAAAGCGGCCCUGCCAACCUCGUCGGAUGACGAGGAGCUGGGUGACUAUCCAGCAUUCGGUGUCAGUGGUAUAAAGUCUGUGUCAUUUUCCGAGGAGGACGAAGUGCUGGAGAUUGCGCCGAGAAAGCUACAGAAACCGGCCGCUGCCGGUUCAGCAGGCGGUCGGUUGAAGUUUAACGAGCAGGAAAUCUCUGUGAAGCAACGGCUCGGCGGUAGUGGACGAAUGGGUGGCAAUUCUACCGCCGCGGUGCCCCGUGUAUCAUCAUCGUUCCACGGUACAAAGAAGGUGGUGCACAUGAAACCACAGCCAAAGCUGUCCCCUGUGAGGAGCGGAUUAAAAUCGGACUCGAUUGGAAGGGCACGUAUUACACAACCGAUUAAGGCUCGUCUCAGCUUGGGCUCACAAACUGCCGCCGCUAGCACGAAACCCAUUGUGAAACGGAUGGAGAGAUUCAGUCUCGAUUCGAAGAUGCCGAAGGCGCGACGUAGUGCUCCGGCGGCCAGUAGUAGCGGCGGCACCGUGUUCGAUCGACUAGGGUACAAUCGUAAGUGAACGUGUUCGGUAGAAUUGUUUUAACAUCUCGCAAAUAAAUGGAUCCACAAAUAAUACAUGACAAAUCAGCUGUAAGCAGUUGCAUUGAAA